UAUACCAUUUGAAACAUUACCUUCAGAGCAUAUCAGUUUUUCAAACACAACUUCUACAUACGAUCAAUCUUGUUACAAAAACAUGACUUCCAUGGGGAAAAACCAGCACGUUUUGGCUCUACUUCUCCUUCUCUCAAUUUUCACUUCCCAAGUAAUGUCCCGCAACAUCAAUGAGGGAUCCAUGGCCCAAAGACAUGAGCAGUGGAUGAAAAAAUAUGGUAAAACAUAUAAGAAUGCUGCAGAGAAGCAAAAACGUUUCCUCAUAUUCAAGGACAAUGUUCAAUUCAUUGAAUCCUUCAAUGCUGCUGGCAACAAACCUUACAAGCUUGGCAUCAAUCACCUAGCUGACCAAACCAACGAAGAAUUCAUUGCUUCCCACACUGGAUACAAGGGAUCUCAUAAGUUGAAAGAAACAGCACAAACAUCGUUCAAGUAUGAAAACGUUACUCCUAUUCCUACUGCAGUGGAUUGGAGGCAAAAUGGAGCUGUUACUCAAUUCAAGGACCAAGGCCAAUGUGGUAGCUGCUGGGCAUUUUCAACUGUUGCUGCAACAGAAGGUAUCUACCAGAUAACUACAGGUAAGUUAGUGUCUCUCUCAGAGCAAGAGUUAGUGGAUUGUGACAGUGUGGAUCAAGGAUGUGAUGGAGGUCUCAUGGAAGAUGGUUUCGAAUUCAUUAUAAAAAAUGGUGGAAUCACCAGUGAGGCUAACUACCCCUACACUGGAGUUAAUGGAACUUGUGACACAACGAAAGAGGCUUCUCCUGAAGCUCAAAUAAAAGGGUAUGAAACGGUACCUGCAAAUAGUGAGGACGCACUGCAGAAAGCUGUUGCAAACCAACCAGUGUCAGUUAGCAUUGAUGCUGGAGGAUCUGCUUUCCAAUUUUACAAAACUGGGGUUUUCACUGGAGAAUGUGGAACUGAACUAGACCAUGGUGUUACUGCAGUUGGCUAUGGUAUCACCGAUAAUGGUACUGAGUUUUGGAUAGUAAAGAAUUCAUGGGGCACAGAAUGGGGUGAACAAGGAUACAUAAGAAUGGAACGAGGCAUAGAUGCUAAAGAAGGCCUUUGCGGCAUUGCCAUGGAUGCUUCAUACCCAAUUGCUUGAUUUACUAUGUAAUAUUGUUUGACAUUUGUUUGAUUUUCCUCUUGAUAAUGCUUUUAAAU